UAUCCAGGUUGAUAUAUAUAAUAAAUUUAAUAAUCACUUGAACCACUUCCAUAAUUAAUUAUCGUCACAAUCCCAAUCAAAGGCCCCUUCCAUUUUCACAUAUUUACACUUAUACCUCUCCCACCUGCCAUUUUACAAAGAGAAGCACUUCUCUUUCAUUUCCUUAUUCACUUCGCUCCCUCUCUUCCACGCUUCAAAAAUGGUCAGGGGUUCUUCUCAGUCACAAUCCGCUUCCUCCUCCACCUCCCGCCCUGGCGUGGCUGCUCCACGCGGCUCCGCCGCAGCCACAGCUGGCAUGCGAAGACGCCGCCUUGGAUCCUCCGCUUCCGGUGCUACAUCGACCGCCGCAAGUGGAAUCGGGAACAGCACCAACAUGCUCCGAUUCUACACCGAUGAUGCUCCUGGACUCAAGAUUUCACCUACUGUUGUUCUCGUCAUGAGCCUCUGCUUUAUCGGCUUUGUCACCGCUCUUCACGUCUUUGGGAAGCUUUAUCGCAGUAAGGUAGCUCCGGAGUCUUAGAAUCCAUGACCCGAACCCGAGUGCGGAUGUUGCUUUUAUUUCGGAUCUUCGACUCGUAACUGAUUGCCUUUUUUUCUUUUUCUUUUCCUUUUCUUCUUUUCUCCCUGAUCCCUUCUGAUGCGAUGUAAACAAUGACAGGCUUGUAAUAAGUAGGAGCAUUUGGAGUUCUGUGAUGCUGUUGUUUCAUUGAAGCUAAUUAUGGUUUUAUUUUGAUCCGAA